AUGACUGACAUUGUUUCUCGCCAGAGCCCAUUGGCUCCCGUAUGGUUGGCAGCAAACUACGAUAAAAAACUCACAAAACACCAACUUUUAUCUGCAAAUAUUGUCCAUUCUUCGUCAUUAAUAACACACAAUGAAACCCCAGGGACCAUCAACCUUCGUUUAUCUGGCCAAUUAUUGCUUGGAAUUGUGCGUAUCUACUCCAGAAAGACGAAAUACUUGCUUGAUGAUGUCAAUGAUAUCUUGUUUAAACUCAAAAAUUCGUUCCGUUACGCCACCGGCGUGUCUUCCGAUGCGAUUCAAGUCACGGCAGCUCCACAAAACCAAGUUAUCACCAACAUCUCGUCCAUAACGCUUCAGGAUCAGGUUACUGACCUCAACUUGUUGUACCAAGAAGACUUACGACUCGAUGACGAAGUGCCCACAACUCUCUUCCGCAACCUCAAUCUGGCAUUACCCGAUGAUACAAUGGACACAUCUAUAGAAUAUGGAAGAAAUGCAGACAUUCAUGAACCCGAUAAUAACGAUGUCGAUUUGGAAUUGGAUUUUAAUUUGGAUCAGUCGAUCGAAAUGGGUAGAAACGCGCCUGGCGUCAAUGCGGCAGGAGAUAUGUCGCUCAUGGACUUGCACGAUGACCUCAACUUUGAUAUAGGUGAACCUUUACAGACUUUGGACGCAGAAUCGAUUCAUGAAGAGGUACCGCCUCCUAAAACUCCAGUCCAACGUGCUCCAAAGAACCAAAGAAAGCUCAAGAGGAAACUAGUCAUCGAUUCUCCACAAGAAUUGGAACGAGGAAUCUCGAUACAUGAAUUGAAGCGGUUGCUGCAGCUCCGAUUACGUGACCUCACCGUCCACUCUUUCGACUUCCAUUUAUCGGAGCAGGACAAGCUUAACUUAAUUCAAGAGCUCUCUACGAAUAAGCGCCGGCGUUUUGCUCUUGACUCUCAAUUGCAAGAGGUUUGCGAGGAGCUUGCCAUGCAAGAGGAACAGCAUAAAGAGCAGCAGGAAGAGGAGGAGCCUAACUUUGAGUUUGGUAAUUUGGACUUGGACUUAUCGCUUCCUGAGAUAGAGUUCCCACAAGAACCCAUAUCUAGCAAUGCCCAAUCGUCGAUGCAAAUUGCAAAUCUUUUGAGAGAAAAAUUUGAUGAAAAGGACACUGUAGAGUUUUCCGAUGUUGUCCAUGAGGAUAUGAAAUCUCAAAAACCACUUGGAAUGAAGGAAGAAAAUAAGAUCAACAAGCGCCGAGAAGCGAGUAAAUGUUUCUUUGAGGUUUUGGUGCUUGCUACUAACAACUGCAUUUCUGUCAACUCAGACUUGACAAUCACCAAGAAAGAGAGCAUAUACACCAAGUUUUUGUAA